UCAUUGCAGGUUAUGAGGUAGCUUUGGAUUCGUUUGUUUCAGUAUGGGCGGCACGGAUUUACCUUUAGUUUUAGAAUUCGGUGGCGGCGCUGAGCUCCUGUUCGAUAACGUGAAAAAGCGGCAAGUUACGCUGGACGGAAGCAAAACUUGGAAAAUAAAGGAGCUAUUGGGGUGGAUACGAGACAAUCUGCUAAGAGAACGGCCAGAACUGUUCCUCCAGAAUGACUCAGUGCGACCGGGAAUUUUAGUUUUAGUGAAUGAUGCCGACUGGGAAUUAUUGGGUGAAUUGGAAUAUGAGCUGCAGCCGAAUGACAACGUUCUUUUUAUUUCAACUUUGCAUGGUGGAUAACUUUUUUGAUUGGUGAUUAAUAAAUAAACGGAAUUUAAGUGCAA